ACUGUGCAACUGCUGCACAUAUCAUUCUUUGGUUGUAGUGACUAGGUUGUUUGAGUUUUGACGCGUGAGGCGACUGAUUUGAGUGGUUACGAUGUUUUUGACACGGUCGGAGUACGAUAGAGGUGUUAACACAUUUUCACCCGAAGGACGACUGUUCCAGGUUGAAUAUGCUAUUGAAGCCAUAAAAUUGGGCUCUACAGCCAUUGGAAUUUGCACCUCAGAAGGUGUUGUUCUGGCUGUAGAAAAACGUAUAACAUCUCCAUUGAUGGAACCAACAACAAUUGAAAAGAUUGUUGAAGUGGAUAAACAUAUAGGUUGUGCCGUCAGUGGGCUAAUGGCAGAUUCACGGACAAUGUUGGAUCGUGCAAGGAUAGAGUGUCAGAAUCACUGGUUUAUUUAUAAUGAGAAGAUGAGUGUAGAAUCAGUUGCUCAAGCUGUGUCCAACCUUGCCAUUCAGUUUGGUGACUCAGAUGAUGAUGGAGGUGCCAUGAGUCGUCCAUUUGGUGUAGCCAUUUUAUUUGCUGGCUGUGAUGAGAAAGGCCCUCAGCUAUUUCAUAUGGAUCCUUCGGGGACUUUUGUUCAGUUCGAAGCAAAAGCCAUAGGCUCGGGUAGCGAAGGUGCCCAGCAGAACUUGCAGGAGGUUUAUCAUAAGUCAAUGACUUUGAAAGAAGCACUGAAUUCUGCAUUGACAAUAUUGAAGCAAGUCAUGGAAGAAAAGCUGAGUUCAACAAAUGUGGAAGUGAUGACGAUGACUCCAGACAAGUUGUUUCACAUGUUUACAAAGGAGGAAGUUGAAGAGGUGAUAAAAGAUAUAGCAUAGUGGCUCAUAUACUGUUGCUUUAUCUACUAAAUCAAUUCACUUUGGUGCUUGGCUACGGAACUGUUGAUCUACAAUAAUUAAAGAACUGAAGUGAAUUUUACCUCUCAGUAAGUUACAGGGAGGUAUUUGUAAUAAGUUAAUGAAAUAUUUUGUUUGUACAUGAUAAACAGUAAAUGUGAUCUUUACUUA